UAUAAAAAUCAACAAAACGUAUGAAACAAUGAUGGUAGCACGGAACGAUUAUUGAUAAGCUUGUACAUAAUUAUGGCCAUCGCAUGCGUGUAAUUACGUGCAAUCCAUUACUGUUCGUCGCUAACAUGUUUCAAUCAUAAAACGUAUACGUUACGGUCAAAGCGGAGAAUUUGGUCGUUGUAAAUGUUACAAGCAAAGCAGGGAACCCGGGUUAGGUUAGGGCAUCGUGUACAAUGAUCGGGGACGGUGCACUAUGGCCGACUUCCUACUUUGCCCGUAACGCGAACGAGGUGCACAACGCACGGAAUAUUCGGGCGACGUGCACGAUAAAUAUUUAUUUCCCGCGUAGACCAGUCAUUGUUGUAUAACGCCUGGUCAUUGUGUACAGCACUUGAACUGACGCGGUCAUUGUGUAUAAUUUAUGAUUUACAAUACGUACAUUUGGUCCGAAAACUGUUGUAAACCGUGCAGUGCACGUUAGUACCGUUUUAUACGUCGGUGUGUUCGAUUUAGUGUGCGUGUGCGUGUGCGUGUGCGCGCGCGCGCGUUAUUGUAGAAAUGGAAAAUAAAUUCGUCGACUCUUUGAACGAUAUUUUAAAAUUCAAGAAACACAACAGUACGUAUCUGAGUGAACGUAAAUACGACGAUCUUCUGGUACAUUUAAAAGAACUAAAAGAAUCGAAAAAGACGAAAACCCCGAACGAUUACAAGCUGAUCAAGAAGUACGAUAUUCUUAAAGUGCGUGAUGUGGAAAGACUUGUCGUGCCGACGAACGGAGGCGAUCGGAUUAGAUUUUACGUGAAAAACGAAGAGCUAUUCCAUAUUCUACACGAAGCCCAUUUGUCAAUCGGGCAUGGGGGCCGUAGUAGAAUGGAACACGUGUUAAAUAGCAAAUAUAAAAAUAUAACAAGAGAGACGAUUAUGUUGUACUUGGGUUCGUGCGAAUUUUGUCAGAAAAAGAGCAGUACAAGUAAAAAUCGCUUAGAGGUCAAACAUAGUGCGCCAGAAGAGAAGAAUUCACGUUGUUGUGAAAUAGGCGUGAUCGACAUGCAGACACAGCCCGAUGGUAAUUAUAAAUUUAUUUUAGUCUACCAAGACCAUUUAACAAAAUUUGUAAACUUACGUCCUUUGACUCAUCAGCGUGCUCAUGGGGAAGUCGCGUGCGCGUUACUGGACAUCUUUACUAUUUUCGGUGCUCCAACAAUAUUACAAAGUGACAACGGCGGGAAAUUCGCAAAUGAGGUGAUAGAAGAACUAUGGAACACGUGGAAAGAUUUGAAAAUGAUACUUAAAAAACCUCGUCAUUCCCAAAGUCAAGGUUCAGUAGAACAUGAUAGCCAAGAAGUCAAGCUUAUGUUAGGGACAUGGCUGCAAAAUAAUAAAACCAAAAAAUGGAGCGAAGGCCUGAAAUUAGUACAAUUGAUGAAAAAUCGAUCUUUUCAUCGUGGCAUUAAAUGUUCGCCUUACGAGGCUAUGUUCGUAUCUAAGCCCAAAAUCUGAUAAAACAACUGUAUAUUCCUAAUACAUGUUAUAUCAAAAUUAAAAACGGAAGAAGAUUUAGAUAGAGCCUCGAAGAUAAUCGAGAAAAAUUAUUUAAUGGAAAUAGACAUCAAAAUAAAUAAGUAUUUAAACGUAUACUUUAAUAUUCACUUCAAUUUGUUUAUAUCAUUGUUUUAAUAUCAGUAAAAUGCCAUAAUGGUAACACAUGUAAAAAUAAAUAAAUAUUUUUAUAAAACAUAAUUUUAUUGUUAUUAAGAAUAUUAUAAUUUUUUAUACUUGGCACUGUUAGUACUGGUCAUUGUGUACCUAGCCAAUAAUUAUUCACAUGAUUUAAACGAUUAUGAAUUGUAUACAACCCCCGGUCAAUAUUAAUAGUAAUCAUUUCUCCACUUGGACCGUAACAUUUGUAUGGUUAAUGUGUUUUAAUAGUAAAUAUAUUAUAUUUUGAAGAGA